AUGGCUGCCGCUAUAGGUCAGACGAUCUCCGUGAUAGAUAAGUCUGGCAAAGUUGUUAGCACCAGCAAACAUCUAUUCAGUGUGUUCAAAGAAGCUCGUUCUGCCUACAAGGAACGUAAGGCCGUCAUCCGAAGCGCCGAGGAAGCAAAAAAGGCAGAACGAGAUACCCGCCGGGCCCUCGCAGCAUACACCCUCGAGGAUGACCGCUCCACGACUUCUAAACGACACCUAGGCCGAGCCAAAUCGGUUGUUCGGCAUCAUGACGAUGACAGACAAAGCAGACAUCACAGUCAUCACUCAAGUAGGUCGCAAAAACGCCGGUCAUUCGAAUUUGAAGUUCGAUCCGAGUAUCCAGAUGGCUACCAUCCCAACUCACAGCUCGCACGGCGUCAUACGGAGCAUAACCUUUCCAUGGCAAAGCCUGUUAGGCCCUCGUACGGUGAAGCACGCGCCCACACUCUUCCAAAAGUCGAUAUGGAUCUCGCAUACGGCGAAUUCCAUCAAUCUGCACUUGAUCGGCUCGACCCAGAACCUAGCGAUAUGCCCGGACUCGUAGGGAGGGUCAAGGAUCUCCUUGUUGAAGCUGACUGUGCACACCACUCGGUUACGGCAACGAUUGCACACCUGCAGUCAAACCCAGAUGCCAUGGCCGCUGUUGCUCUCACCUUGGCUGAAAUCAGCAAGCUAGUGUCUGAUCUCGGUCCCACAGCCCUUGCGACCUUGCGAGCCAGCGCACCAGCAGUCUUCGCCCUCCUGGCGAGCCCGCACUUCAUGAUCGCAGCCGGUGUGGGUAUCGGUGUCACAGUAGUCAUGUUUGGAGGAUACAAGAUCAUAAAACAGAUCUCAUCGAAGCCAGAAGGAAUGGAAGAACGGCAACUCGAAGCUCCUGUUAUGGUGGACGAGCUGCUUGAAAUCAAUUCUGGCAUGAGCCGCAUUGAAGGCUGGAGAAGGGGAGUUGCAGAGUCUGAGGCCGAGAGUUGUGGAACAUCUGUUGACGGGGAGUUCAUCACGCCCACAGCAGCAGCAAUGUCUCGUGUGAUGCUUAAUGAGCAGCACGCGUACGAUAAUGACCGUCGAAGCGAAGUCAGAAGCAGUCAGAUACUCCCCGCGCCAACUCGAGUGUCUUCAUAUGUUGGAGGCAGCGUGUACGAGACGGGCUCGCAGUAUUCACGCCGCUCACAUUCGUCCAGGCACUCCAAAAGCUCCAAAACGUCUCGGUCCCACAGUGAGAGUAAGCAUAAGAAAGAUGAGCUGAAGGAGAAGGAAAGGAAGAAGAAGAAGAAGCCCUCCCCCUUGAGAAAGCUGUUUAGCUGA